UGCAUAUAUUAAUAUAUCAUGUUAUAUGGUAAUAAAAAACUAAAUUGCAUGGGCAGGAAUUUAUUAAUAAGAUUGAGAAAAAUGCUACUCAUUGGUACAUUGGCUUCAUUCCAAACAACUAAACUGCAUUUGUAAUCAUGACAGGAGUACUGGGUGCAUCCAUUUAGUAAUCUUCUUUUUGUGCCUGAGCCUGCUGCAGCCAGCUCUGCAUAAUACAGUAUACAGAGCAGCGUUUCCCUCUUUUUAUUCCUUUCUUCUAUGCCAAUACACUGCCACAGCCUUUUCCCUGCCUUCUCUAGAGCUGCACUAGAACAGUGAUGAACAUAGCUGCCUGCCUCUCUUUCGAUCUCUCUCGGUCUCCCUGUCUCAUCUCUCUUCUCACGCUGUGACCAUCAUGCAGAAUAUAAGGCAGGCUGCUACAGAGGCCUUCUGUCGGCUGGGCUUGAAGCAAAAACACACAGGAUAUGAAGAGCUUACAGACUUUAGUGAUGUUCCCUGUCCUGUAAGGUCUCUACCACCACAGUGGUACCACACAGUCCAGGUUCGAAGAAUACGAUCAUUAAGGGCUCGGAGUAACAGUGACCCACUACAGGGGAAGAAUUUGGGGCAGGCUCUGCAGUGGCAGAGGAAGGGCCUGCCUUUUGGAAAUGCAUCUUCCUACCUAAAUCUUGAAAAGCUUGGGGAAGGUUCCUAUGCAACUGUGUAUAAAGGCAUUAGCAGAAUUAAUGGCCAGUUGGUGGCACUAAAAGUGAUUAGCAUGAAAGCGGAAGAAGGAGUGCCAUUUACAGCAAUUCGGGAAGGGUCACUACUCAAGGGUCUGAAACAUGCCAAUAUUGUCCUGCUCCACGAUAUCAUCCAGACCAGGGAAUCGUUAACUUUUGUUUUUGAAUAUGUGCACACAGAUCUGGCACAGUACAUGUCCCAGCAUCCUGGAGGACUUCUUCCCUACAAUAUCAGGCUCUUCAUGUUCCAGCUGUUGAGAGGCCUGGCCUACAUCCAUCACCAGCACAUCCUCCAUCGAGACCUCAAGCCCCAGAAUCUUCUCAUUAGCUACAUAGGAGAACUAAAACUUGCUGACUUUGGACUUGCCCGGGCCAAGUCUAUUCCCAGCCAGACAUACUCCUCAGAAGUGGUGACGCUAUGGUACCGCCCACCAGAUGUGCUUCUUGGGGCCACAGAUUAUUCCACUGACCUUGACAUCUGGGGUGCAGGAUGUAUUUUUAUAGAAAUGCUUCAGGGUUACCCAGCUUUCUCUGGAGUGUCAGAUAUUUUUGAGCAGCUUGAAAAGAUCUGGUUGGUAAUUGGGACUCCAGCAGAAGAUUCCUGGCCUGGAGUGUCAACACUUCCAAACUACAAAACAGAGUGGCUUACUUUACAUGAGAGUCAGCCAUUUGGAAAUGUUUGGGACAGAUUGGGCAGAUCGAUGGGAGCCGAGGAUCUUGCAGAGAAGAUGCUGAAAGGUUGUCCUCGAGAAAGGAUCUCUGCAGAGGAUGCCCUGCUUCACAAAUUUUUUAGUACGCUGCCAUGUCAGCUACACCAGCUCCCAGAUGUGCGGUCCAUUUUCACAGUGCCAGGACUAAGUCUUAAACCAGAAAUCCAUGACCUUUACAUUUCUCAUCGGAAGGGCUCAAAGUCAGAUGCACAUCACAGGCUGUGGUGAAUACUACACAGCUACUUAAAGUCAUUCUGUCUCACGCUACAAACUCAUCCUUAUGAAUGUGCCAGCACUUAAUUAUGGUCCCUAAAUGUCUAUUGCCGCUGCCUUUUAAAUGAAGAAGCCAUCAUUAAAUUACAUUUGGGACAGUCUUGCUCUAGACCAGGGCUAAUGUAGCCCUCCAACAUACAGCUCAAAAGCCAAAGGGGAUAUCAGGGGAUUCUGGGAUUUGCAGUUCAGCCACAGCUGUGUACAUCCACAGGUUACCUGCUUCCUCUAUCUUCCUUUAUCCUCCUUGCCCUCUCAUAUUUGCUCUGCAUAAAUGUAUUCAUAUAUUGGGAGCCAUUUGCUUAAAACCAAGCCUACUUAUGUGCUGCUUUUUUGUAUCUCUUAGCCCAUUUAAAGUGGCCCCAAACCUACUGUACUGAUUAUCAUACUGUGAAGAUUCAUACCCUGUAUGGUAGGUAGCUUCCAGUUCUGUAACCUCUGAACUAAAACUGACAUUAUUCCCAGUU